UUAAUAAGCCUUCUCCCCCGGCCCCCGGCCCCCACCCCUCCUCGAUCACCUGUCCUGUUCCUCAGCCCGGGCUAAGUUUCACACAACGUUCUCCAGCUCCUCUGUAGCUAGCGCGCAACGAGGACCCUGCCCUGCUCUGCGGCUCUAGCUGCGAGACAAGCCAAGCCUUUUUCCGCCCGCCUUUCCACACUAGCUAGCUAGCUCGCGGCGAUAUCCAGCCCUGCUGCUUCUUCGACCAGUGCGAUCGGCCGAUCCAUGGGGCGCGCGCCGUGCUGUGACAAGAGCAGGCUGAAGAAGGGGCCGUGGACGCCGGAGGAGGACGAGAAGCUCGUCGCCUACAUCAAGAAGCACGGCCAGGGCAACUGGCGCACCCUCCCCAAUAAUGCCGGGCUCGCGCGGUGCGGGAAGAGCUGCCGGCUGCGGUGGACCAACUACCUCAGGCCGGACAUCAAGCGCGGCCGCUUCUCCUUCGAGGAGGAGGAGACCAUCAUCCAGCUCCACAGCAUCCUCGGCAACAAGUGGUCAGCGAUCGCGGCGCGGCUUCCCGGCCGGACGGACAACGAGAUCAAGAACUACUGGAACACACACAUCCGCAAGCGCCUGCUCUGCAUGGGCAUCGACCCCGUCACCCACGCGCCACGCCUCGACCUCCUCAACAUCUCCUCCCUCCUCAAUCCCGCCGCGUACUACUCCACUCAGGCCGACCUCGACACGCUCCGCACGCUCGAGCCGCUCACUAACUACCCGGACCUCCUCCACCUCGCCUCCACCCUGCUCUCGGGUAGUACGCCCGCACCCGCCAGCGCCGACCACCGGCAGCUCCUGCUGCCGUGGCUGCUGCAGGCGCAGAUGGCGCAGGCGGCCGCCAUGGAGCAGCAGGUGGCGCCGCCGCAGGACGACCAGUUCAUGCAGCAGCCCAGCGCCGCGUGCCAAAUGCCGGGCCUGGUCCACACGAACACGACGGUGCAGCAGCUGGCGGCGCAACAACAACAACAACAACAACCCCAGGAAAUUAUGGCCGCUGCCUGCCACAACGUGCAGCCGCCUACCAGCUACGUCGACAACCUGGACGUGCCGGCGCUGAUGCAGAUGGUGCAGUCCGACGCGUCCAACCUGCAGCAGCAGUGGAGCAGCACGGUCACGAGCAGCAGCAACAACAACAACUGGAACAUCGGCGGCUCUUGCGUGUCCACGCCGUCGUCCAGCCCGGUGCCGGGGGUGAACCUAACAUCAACGACGACGACGACGACGUACGGCGCGAACGCGGGUCAUGACGCCGUGACCGGCGACGCCGCGGCGCUGUUCAACUUCAACAUACAGCUGUCCGAGCUCCUGGAUGUGAGCGACUAUAUGUAACAAAAAAUCAAGGGUGGAAACCAAGUGGAACACUUCAUCACGUACCGCAAGGGGCAAAGAAGAUCUCAGGAGGCAUUUUUGUACCUGUUCUAUCCAGUUCAUUAUCAGUGGUUACUGUUAGAGGUUUCCCUUGAAUUUCUUUAUGUUGUACUGCUAUUUUCAUCUUUGAUUAGACGUGUUGUGCGUGUCAGUGUGGGGGAACAUGGCAGAGGUGGCUUCACGUGAUUGGCCGAGACGGCUGCUAUCCCUUUCGCUCGCAUCACUGCCUUGUCUCCAGCGAAGAAAAAUAGGGCAGACACUCUGGUAGCUUUUCUUAGAAUGCUACUAGUUUGUUCGUUUCUUUCUGUUGCCCUCUUAUUUGAUUGGGGACUGUGUGGCAUGGCAGGCAUAUAAAAUAAUGGGACAAAUAAUCAAAAAUAGGAAGGAGAAAAUAAGGUAGAAUAAGGACACCAGUAACUGUCAGGGUCACUGAUGGUUACAUGAUCAGCAAUAUAGCUCUUAAAUGGUUGGAGAAAAAACAGAUCAUACCACCGGUGUGUGUGUGGACUCCUGUUGGGUUUUGUAAGUCAAAUAAAUCUGUGUUGAUGGAUAUUACUCUUAAGUAAGAUCAAGUUU